AUGAGUAGAGGUUUUGGAACUGGGAGGUAUGAGAGGUUGGGGAAGGAAUCUGCAACCACAGCACUUUUGCAUGAGGAGUUCAAGAGAAGUACAACCAUGCCUUCUAAAUCAUCUAAUUCUUCAACAAAAAUGGCUUUAGGUUCAACUUUUAGGGAUAUAAAGCUACAAAGAAACCCUACAAAGAAGGGUAAUAGUAGUAGUAGUAAGAAGAAGAGUCAUCCACUCUUCAACUUCUUGGAUUUUCCUAGGAAAAAGAAAACAACAGCUAGGCCUGAAUUUGCAAGGUAUAUUGAGUAUCUCAAAGAAGGAGGCAUGUGGGAUUUCAAUUCCAAUAAACCAGUUAUCUAUUACAACUGA